AUGUCUUGUAAAGAGCGCCUGAUCCAGCUUCUGCUCGAUCACGGCGCCAAUCCCAAUCUCGUGCCGGACGGAAGUGCGGGGAAAGUGCCGACGCCGUUGAUCAAAGCUGUUCGGACGCGCAAGUCGCCGGAAAUCCUCAGCAGUCUGGUCGACCACGGAGCGAAUCCGAAGACCAAAUUCAAUGGCAAGUCCGCGGAGGAAUGGACCAAUAAUCCCAAGGCGAAGAAUGCGCUGAAACCCCGGAAGACGCGGAUGUACAAUCGUGCGGUGGAAGUGGCCAAGGUGACGGGAUUCCUCAUGUCGGCCGUUUACUGGGCAAAUAAGAACCUGAAGGUGGCGGCGGGGGUGGGGUUUGCUGUUGGGGUUGGAAUGAUUGCCAAGGAUGCGAUUAAGCGAAGGUUCAAAUUGACUGGAGAGUACAUCACGGCGGACCAGGGAUUCAAUGAUGCCAAGGAGCAAGAGAAGGAAGAUCUCAAGAGCCGAAUGCGGCAAAUCAUCAAGGAUAACAAUUUGAAUAAGUUCUUCCAAGAGGGUGAUCCUUUUCUGGAAGAUGUGGUGGAAAGAGCCGUGGACUUGGACCGGACCAACCCGUCCAAUGUGUUGGAUCCCAAGGACCUGACGCAUUUGGCCCUCUACCAGCCCGUUCUGUAUUGCGAUGACAGUGGGUCCAUGAAACGUGACCAGCGAAAAGACCAUCUCAAUGACCUGGCCCAGCGCAUCACGAGUAUCACGACUCGCGUGGUUCCGGAUACCGAAGGGAUCGAGCUGCGAUUCAUCAACGAGACAACGACGCCCGACAUGUCGAAACCAUCGGUCCAGAAGAUUGACAGUAUCAUGAAACAGGUUCCCUUUGACGGAUGGACGGAAAUUGGCACCAAUCUCAAGACCAAAGUGCUACAGGAUACGGUUUACCAAUACCUGGAGAUAAAGACAUUGAAGCGCCCCGUGCUGGUCUCGAUCAUCACGGAUGGCCAUCCGGCAGGGCCAGAUCGCUCGCCGGAGCGGAUUGAUACCCUGAGGAAUGCUAUUCAGGAGUGUGGUGACAGAUUGGAAGCCCAUGGCUAUGAACGGAAAGCUGUCCGGCUCCAGGUCAGUCAGAUUGGCGAUGAUUCGACGGCGGAAAGGUUCCUGCGGGGUUUGGAAGAUGACCAUGAACUGGAUGAUGUUCUGUACAUUACGAGCGAGCGGCUGGACGCAGAGUUCAAAAAGCUUCGCGACAAUGACAACCGCCUGGAGCAAUGGGUAUGCUCCUUCCAUUGCCUUCAUUUGCUCCUUUUCUAA